GGAGGCCCCUCCGCGCCCGGUGCCCGGAGACCCGGGGAUGUCACGCAUGCUGAGCGCGGCCGCCGGCCGGGUGCGCGGGGCCCGGUGGAGCACUGCCCGGAGGGCCGCCUGCUUGGUGGCCACGGCGUACGCGCUCAAGACUCUGUACCCGGUGCUCAGCAGACGGUGCCAGCCGUGCCACCGCAGCGGCGAUGAGGCCACGGCUCGCCCUGCUGCUGUUUCUGCUGCGGGAGACCCGGGAAUACCGCACUGCGCCCGGGCCACGCGCGGGAAACCCACGCCGGGCGUGAACGCCGAGUUUUUCCAGCAGCUGCUGGAACUUCGCAAGAUCCUCUUCCCCCGGCUCGUGACGACCGAGACGGGCUGGCUGUGCCUCCACUCGGUGGCCCUGGUGUCCAGGACCUUCUUGUCCAUCUACGUGGCUGGCUUGGAUGGGAAGAUCGUCAAAAGCAUCGUGGAGAAGAAGCCGCGGAGCUUCCUCUUCAAGCUCAUCAAAUGGCUCAUGAUCGCCAUCCCCGCCACCUUCGUCAACAGUGCCAUCCGCUAUCUCGAGUGCAAGCUGGCCCUGGCCUUCCGGACGCGCCUGGUGGCCCACGCCUACGAGACCUACUUCACGGACCAGACCUACUACAAGGUGGUGAACAUGGACACCAGGCUGGCCAACCCCGAUCAGUCCCUCACCGAGGACAUCCUGGUGUUCUCGCAGUCCGUGGCCCACCUCUACUCCAACCUCACCAAGCCCAUCCUGGACGUCAUCCUGACCUCCUACACCCUCAUCCAGACGGCCACGUCCAGGGGGGCGAGCCCCAUCGGGCCCACCCUGCUCGCCGGCCUGGUGGUCUACACCACUGCCAAAGUGCUCAGAGCUUGCUCGCCUCGCUUCGGGAAGCUGGUGGCCGAGGAGGCGCACAGGAAGGGCUACCUGCGCUAUGUGCACUCCAGAAUCAUUGCCAACGUGGAGGAAAUCGCCUUCUACCGGGGUCACAAGGUGGAAAUGAAGCAACUCCAAAAAAGUUACAAAGCUUUAGCGGAUCAGAUGAACCUCAUUUUGUACAAGCGUUUGUGGUACAUCAUGAUAGAGCAGUUCUUGAUGAAAUAUGUUUGGAGCUGCAGUGGACUCAUUAUGGUGGCCGUGCCUAUUAUCACCGCCACCGGCUUUGCAGAUGGAGACCCAGAGGAUGGUCCCAGACACGGCAUGGUCAGCGAGAGGACAGAAGCCUUCACCACCGCACGCAACCUGCUAGCCUCUGGAGCCGAUGCCAUUGAAAGGAUCAUGUCUUCGUACAAAGAGAUCACUGAACUAGCAGGUUACACCGCUCGGGUGUACAAUAUGUUUUGGGUCUUCGAUGAGGUCAAAAGAGGCAUUUAUAAGAGAACUGUCACCCUAGAGUCUGAGAACCAGAGCAAGAAGCAAGUUAGCACAGAGCUUCUCCUCAAUGAUGCUCUAGCAAUCAGAGGAAAAGUGAUCGAUGUGGAUCAUGGGAUUAUCUGUGAAAACGUCCCCAUCAUCACACCAACAGGAGAGGUCGUUGCGUCCAGGCUGAACUUUAAGGUGCAAGAAGGGAUGCACCUGUUGAUCACUGGCCCCAAUGGCUGCGGGAAAAGCUCUCUCUUCCGAAUUUUGAGUGGGCUCUGGCCUGUGUAUGAAGGAGUCCUCUAUAAACCACCUCCUCAACACAUGUUCUAUAUUCCACAAAGGCCAUAUAUGUCCCUGGGGAGUCUCCGGGACCAAGUGAUCUACCCCGACUCUCAAGAGGACAUGCAGGAGAAGGGUUUCACCGACCAGGACCUGGAAAGCAUCCUGCGAUGCGUGCACCUCUAUCACAUAGUGCAGAGAGAAGGAGGAUGGGAUGCUGUUAUGGACUGGAAAGACGUCUUGUCUGGAGGAGAAAAGCAAAGGAUGGGGAUGGCACGCAUGUUCUACCACAGGCCCAAGUACGCUCUGCUGGACGAAUGCACCAGCGCUGUGAGCAUCGAUGUGGAAGGCACCAUCUUCCAGGCUGCUAAGGCAGCAGGCAUCUCCCUGCUGUCCAUCACACACCGGCCGUCCCUCUGGAAGUACCACACUCACCUCUUGCAGUUUGAUGGCGAAGGGGGUUGGCGCUUUGAACAACUGGACACCGCGACCCGUCUGACCCUGAGUGAGGAGAAACAGAAGCUCGAGUCCCAGCUAGCCGGGGUCCCCAAAAUGCAGCAGAGACUAGAUGAGCUAUGCACAAUUCUGGGAGAAGACUCGGUGCUGAAAACAGUGAGGAGCAAAGAGGAGGCACCCCAGGCUGUCUAGGACACUCUAUCCAGGCUGCAUGAUGCUAAGCAUGUAUGAAACAGUGUGUCCUUCUGACAAGAUGGCAUGGAUAAACCCUUCUCUUCAGACACCUCCACCGGCCUUUGUUUACAAGGGGAACAGUUUCCCGCAGCAGUGACUGGGUUUUUGUGUCAAAUUUUGGCCUGCUACUAAAGGUAUAAAAUGAACAUGUUCGUUUUCUCUGA